UGUAUUUUGUCAUGAUAUGUUGUCCAUAAAGAUACAUAGGGGACUUAUACAUAGCAUCUUCAUGGAGAGUUAGGAUGUGUUCCAUAUGUGCUCAUAGUUUACACAUGUAUAUUUACAAACAGAGCUACUGAAAUUGGUUGAGCACAAAGCGACAUUACAAAGACAUUAUCAAUGUCCCUUUAGAUUAAUUAAAGAUGCAAAGACCAUUUCAUUCUGGACGGCAACUUCUUCAAUCUUGUCUCUCCAUGUGCAAUAGUACCUACGUAUAUAUCUGCUCUAUAUAUAGAGACUCCAUGCAACGUUCACUUCACAGCCAUCUCCAAUACCUUCAGCAGUCUUAAUUUGCAUUUCAAGAUCUUUGUAUUUCCAGGGCUAGCUAGCAGAGUAGUACGUAGCAAUGGCGAACUACUUGGUACUAAUCAGUGUAAUGGCCAUGGCUUGCACCCAAGUCAUGGCCUUUGAGCCAAGCCCUCUGCAAGAUUUUUGCGUCGCUGAUACUUCUAGCUCAAUAACGGUGAAUGGUCAUGCUUGUUUGGACUCCAAGAAGGUUGAGGCCAAGCAUUUCUCCUUCAGUGGUCUUCACAUUGCCGGCGACACAUCAAAUCCCUUAGGUUCUGCAUUUACCCGAGUAUUUGUUGACGUAUUACCUGGACUCAACACUCUUGGCAUCUCAGUGGUUCGGAUUGACAUGGAACCAUGGGGUUUAGUUGCUCCUCACAUGCACCCUCGCGCCUCAGAGAUUGUAACAGUUCUUGAAGGCAAUGUCUUCGUUGGCUUCGUAACAUCCAAUCCUGAAAACCGGCUCAUCACUAAGACCCUCAAGAAGGGUGAUGUGUUCGCCUUCCCAAUUGGACUUGUUCACUUCCAGCAAAAUGUGGGCAAUUCUAAUGCUGUUACACUUGUUUUCUUCAGCAGCCAAAACCCGGGUAUAAUCGCCGUUCCUCCUUCUGUUUUUGGAUCAAACCCGUCAAUUGCUGUUGACAUUCUUGCCAAGACUUUCCAGGUGAACAAGGAUGUGGUCAAUCAAAUUCAAGACAAAUUUUAGAAGAUGUCACAUGAACAAAAUUUUCUACAUUUGUCAGAUUCAUGGGUGAAACUGUGUGGUCUACGCCUUCUCCAAACUUCAUUUUCCUGUUCUUUCAAUUAAAAUCAUUGUAUUGAAAUUUUCAAGUUUUGCAUUAUG